CGUGAGCGGAGGGUACAUGGAUGCCUUGGGCGUACGUGAACAGUCUUAAUUGGUUAGAAUUUUCGAGUAAAACUCGCUGAAGAUGGACAAAAUAGAAAGCGUAAUACAGGACACGCUGAAAGGUCAGGCUAUAAACGACGAUGCAGCUGCUAUCAUCGACUACAGCCUCGCCGAUCAAGUUGAAGAGCUUGCUGCUAAGGGAAUAGAGUCAGCCGUGCUACCUGACUACAAACCAGUCGUCAAGAAAUCGGUGACUUACAUCGUCGCAGCGGUCGCCAUCAGCGAAAAAGGCGACGUACUUAUGAUGCAAGAAGCGAAAAGUUCAUGCGCAGGCACGUGGUACCUGCCUGCUGGACGAAUGGAGCCCGGAGAAAACAUCAUUGAGGCUGCCAAGCGAGAAGUGAUGGAAGAAACUGGCCUAGAUUUCGACCCUUCUACACUUCUGAUGGUUGAGACUGCACAGGGCCAGUGGUACAGAUUUGUUUUCAUUGGCACAGUAGUCGGAGGAGAGCUGAAGACGGUGUCAAAGGCAGACUCUGAGUCACUGCAAGCAGCCUGGGUCGGGGAUGUGGAACAGCUAAGCCUGCGCUGCAGGGACAUCUUGCCCGUUAUCGAACGUGCCCGCCUUUACCACAGUACACAAGGCAGCCAGCCAUGGCAUCCACCUGUCAUGCCAGCCCUGAGGCCACACUCAAAGCUUUGCCUGCGCCUGGUCACCAUCAUUCGCAAGAAGGCCAACAACCUGCUCCAUGUUCUUGUGUCUGAGAAGGGUGUUGCUCAUUUGCCUACCUGUGAAAUCAACCCGUCCCGGAGCAUUCACACUGCGCUCAAACGGUUCAUCCAGAACAUGUUCAGUUCAGAGCCACCACCCCACAAGCCGCUUGGCGUGCUCUCAUUAGAGCACGACGGAACUGCAGGGGGAGGAGAACAUGACGGCAUGUGCCUCUGCCUGCUUGUGUCGUGCAAGGCCUCUGUCGAGGAGGUGGCACUGACGCCGGGAUACACCUGGCUCGAAGUGAGCUCGCCACUUUCCGAGAAGCUGCUCGCACGCACGGGUCGAAACAUGACCGUACACCUAAAGGUGCAGUGAAGGCAAGCGCAGACAAUGGCUAGGUUUACUCAGCACAAAAAACCGGGCAUAUCCGUAACUUUUUCUCUCUUCCUGCCUUCUGCUUUGUUUCUGUGCCUGCCGUUUGCUUGAGCUGUAUUUUUGAGUCUACAAAGAACGAGGCAAACCGAUGGCUGCUGGAGCGUGCAUUGCACACCUGAUCGAACAGUUGCCAGUGCAUGUACCGUGCCAGUUACUCAACUUGUUUUCCUUUAAGUAUUGCCUAUCAAGGAAGCCAGAAGUGUGGUUCUUUUCAGGUUUCCAGUGCCGGGAAUGUGGAAACUUGUAUCAUUGACCUUAAUGGUGUAAAUGGAUGCCAGUAAUCACAGGUUUCUCUCUCUUUCGUUGUACAACUAACCUCAUGUAGCCCUGAUACAAGUCCUUUGUUAGGGUAUGUUGAAUGGUCUAGGUCAUACUAACUGUUCACACCAUGUGGUUGAUAUCCCAGUGAAGACAUAGUGUAUUCAUAGCAUUUGUCUGUUGUAGUCUACUGUUGCUCAUCUGCCUUUGUUGAUGUGUUGUGGGACUGCACGCAGGAGCUGACCCAAGUAACAUUUCUGUGCGAAUGUAAACUUUCUUUUCCUGCUUCAGAAUCUAGCAUGAACUUGUAGGUGUUUACCUCGGACAUGUGCUUGACAUGACAGGGGAACGUGUGCAUUUACAAGCAUGGCAAAAGGAUCGAAAUAGUUGACAAAAGGGAGGUAUAUUGUUGCUUCCUUUGCACUGAGUUACUCAUACCUUCACAUAAAGAGGCAUUACUAAAACAAACCAUCAUUACCUCACAUAUCCUUGACUCCUUGGGGUUGCAACAAAAAGGCGCUGCUCUUUUGUGCAUUUACUUGAGUGGCACUUAGGGAAUCUCAUUAAGCAUAAUCUGUUUUCCCAUUUGAUUGGACAUGCAAAUGUGAUAAGUUGUCUGUGCUGUUAUAUUGAAGUUACACCUGAAACAACAGAUUCUGUGAUGAUUCAUUCUUACUAAUUCCCUCGGAACUCUUUGUAAGCAGGUGAUGUAGUAAGUGGGCUUGCUUUUCUGUAUUUGCAAUUUGGGCUAGCCAUUUGUGGGUGUAGUUCUUGGGGGAAAUAUCCAGUCUGCAGAUGCAGUCGCCCUGCCGGUGUGGUUGAGUGGCUAAGGUACUCGGUUGCUGACCGGCAGGUCAUGGGAUCGAAUCCUG